AUUUAGGGUCUCUAUUCCUAUCCUCGUCUCUGAGUUCUGUCGCUUCAGUUACGCGCACGGACUGUGUCAGGGAAGUAGCGAGGCCGAGAGAGGCGUCACCAACAAAGGGCGCAAUGGCCGUGCAAGGCGAGGAGGCAAAGAGGUACAUCACGGCGGAAGAGCUCCGCAAGCACAAUACCGCUUCCGAUCUCUGGAUCUGCAUCCAGGGAAAGGUGUACGACGUCACCUCCUGGGUCGAGGACCACCCAGGCGGCGACCUCCCCCUCCUCAGCCUCGCCGGCCAGGACGCCACCAAUGCCUUCGUCGCCUACCACCCCGCCUCCGCCUGGGCCCACCUUGGCCGCUUCUUCGUCGGCCAUCUCGCUGACUACCGCGUCUCCGCCGCCUCCAGUGACUACCGCCGCCUCGUCGCCGAGUUCUCCAAGUCCGGGCUCUUCGACCAGAAGGGCCUCGUCGCCCCGCUCACCAUCUGCUCCAUUCUCGUCCUACUCGUCGCCGCCGUCUCCGGCGUCCUCCUCUCGGAGGGUGCUCUCGUCCACGCCCUCUGCGGCGGCAUGAUGGGCUUCCUCUGGAUCCAGACCGGCUGGAUGGGGCACGACUCCGGACACUACCGGAUCGUCGGGCAUCCGCGCCUCAACCGGCUGGCGCAGAUCGUCGCUGGGAAUUGCCUCGCCGGCGUCAGCAUCGCGUGGUGGAAGCGGAAUCACAACGCCCACCACAUAGCCUGCAACAGCCUCGACUUCGACCCGGACCUCCAGCACAUGCCCUUCUUCGCGGUGUCAUCGAAGCUCUUCGCCUCGAUGAAAUCCUAUUUCUACGAGAGGAAGAUGAACUUCGACGCCGUCGCGAGGUUCCUCGUCAGCUACCAGCAUUGGACGUUCUACCCCGUGAUGUGCUUCGCGAGGAUCAACCUGUUCGCCCAAUCCAUUUUGCUUCUGCUCUCAGCGAAGAAGGUGCCCAAUAGAUGGCAGGAGAUCCUCGGGGUUGCCGUCUUCUGGAUCUGGUACCCUUUGCUCGUCUCCUGUUUGCCGAAUUGGGGAGAAAGGGUUAUGUUCGUCGUCGCCAGCUUCGCGGUCACCGGGAUUCAGCACGUCCAGUUCUGCUUGAACCACUUCUCUUCGAGCGUUUACGUCGGGCCGCCUCAGGGGACUGACUGGUUCGAGAAGCAGACCAUGGGGACCCUUGACAUCUCUUGCUCCCCGUGGAUGGAUUGGUUCCAUGGCGGGUUGCAGUUCCAGGUGGCGCACCAUCUGUUCCCCCGAUUGCCGCGGUGCCAUCUCAGAAAGGUCUCUCCUUUCGUGAGGGAGCUCUGCAAGAAGCAUAAGCUGCCCUACAACAUCGCCUCGUUCUGGGAGGCCAAUGCGAUGACCAUUCGGACUCUUAGAGCUGCUGCAUUGCGAGCUCGGGACUUUGAGAACCCAGUUCCGAAGAAUUUGGUGUGGGAGGCUGUCAACACCCAUGGCUGAAAGCUUACUAGUUCUGGACUCCCUCUGCUACAGUUCCCACUACGGGCAUCAAUCUUCAUGACUGAUGGUAUGAGCUGGUUGCUGGCAGUCGAGGUCUAAAUCUUCCUAUUUUCUCUUGCAUAUUAGUGUUGGUUGUGUUCUUUCCUUUAAUUAUGGCACCUGCAAACCUUUGUUCUAGUAAAGAAGUUUUGGUUAUGAUGAAUAGCCAGCAACAUGUCCACUUAGGAAGAAGUAGCAAUAGUUCUGCAAGGGGACUGGAUUUCAUGAGGCAUUAUGAGCAAGCAUUUUGCUUUGUCAUAAUUCUUCCUAGCUGAUGUUUGUCUACCUGUUUGAUUAUAUAUAAUUUCCUGCUCUAGAUAAUGAAUGCCA